GGGAGGCAACGCUGGCGGGCGGAGCUGUAGCCGCCCCAAAGCUUGGGAGCUGGAGCCCGAGCCCAUCUAAAGCAUAGAAAGCAAAAACUUCUGUUGUUCAAAGAUGGAAAAUAAUACAACUACCAUUUCUCGGGAAGAAUUGGAAGAACUUCAAGAAGCAUUCAAUAAAAUAGAUAUUGACAACAGUGGCUAUGUUAGUGACUAUGAGCUUCAGGAUCUUUUUAAAGAGGCCAGGCUCCCCCUGCCAGGCUACAAGGUGCGAGAAAUUGUGGAGAAAAUUCUAGCGGUGGCUGACCACAACAAAGAUGGCAAAAUCAACUUUGAAGAGUUUGUAUCGUUAAUGCAGGAAUUAAAAAGCAAAGACAUCAGUAAAACAUUCAGAAAAAUCAUAAACAAAAAGGAGGGAAUUACUGCCAUCGGAGGAACCUCAGCCAUUUCCAGUGAGGGGACCCAACAUUCUUAUGCAGGUAAAAACGUCAGAGUAGCUAAUGUGGUCAUCCAAGAAGUUGAAGCAGAAAACUUAAAUCUAGCAUUGAAUUCAGCAUCAGCCAUUGGCUGCACUGUAGUUAACAUCGGAGCCCAAGAUCUGAAGGAAGGAAAGCCACAUUUGGUUAUGGGACUUCUAUGGCAGAUCAUUAAAGUUGGUCUUUUUGCUGAUAUUGAAAUUUCCAGGAAUGAAGCUCUGAUUGCCUUAUUAAAUGAGGGAGAAGAACUAGAACAGCUCAUGAAGCUUUCUCCAGAAGAUCUCUUGCUACGAUGGGUAAACUUUCACCUGACUAAUGCAGGAUGGCAGAAAAUCAGCAACUUCAGUCAAGAUAUUAAGGAUUCCAGGGCCUACUUUCAUCUGCUCAAUCAGAUUGCCCCCAAAGGAGACAAAGAUGAUCAACUUCCUAUUACCAUUGACCUUUCAGGAUUUAAUGAGAAAAAUGAUCUGAAGAGAGCUGGGCUGAUGCUUCAGGAAGCUGACAAACUGGGCUGUAGACAGUUUGUUUCUCCAGCAGAUGUGGUUUCUGGAAAUCCUAAACUUAAUUUAGCUUUUGUAGCAAAUCUGUUUAACACAUAUCCAUGUCUACACAAGCCUGAGAAUAAUGACAUUGAUUUGAAUUUGUUAGAAGGAGAAAGCAAAGAAGAGAGAACAUUCCGGAACUGGAUGAAUUCUUUGGGUGUCAAUCCAUAUAUUAAUCAUUUGUACAGUGACCUGGCUGAUGCUUUAGUGAUCUUUCAGCUGUAUGAAAUGACUCGGGUACCAGUGGAGUGGAGCCAUGUCAAUAAACCUCCCUAUCCUGCACUUGGGGGUAACAUGAAAAAGCUUGAAAAUUGUAACUAUGCAGUGGAACUUGGAAAGAAUAAGGCCAAAUUCUCCCUGGUGGGGAUUGCUGGACAGGACUUACAUGAAGGGAAUUCAACUCUUACCCUGGCAUUGCUAUGGCAGCUGAUGAGAAGAUAUACAGUGAAUGUACUAUCAGAUCUUGGAGAAGGUGAAAAAGUAAAUGAUGAAAUUAUCAUUAAAUGGGUGAAUCAAACUCUUGCGGAUGCAAAUAAAAAAACUUCCAUUUCCAGCUUCAAGGAUAAAUCCAUUAGCACGAGUUUACCUGUAUUAGAUUUAAUAGACGCCAUCGCACCAAAUGCAAUUCGUAAAGAAAUGGUCAGAAGAGAAGACUUGUCCCAUGAAGACAAGCUGAAUAAUGCUAAAUAUGCCAUUUCAGUUGCUCGAAAGAUUGGUGCACGGAUAUAUGCCCUACCGGACGACUUGGUAGAAGUGAAGCCAAAGAUGGUUAUGACGGUGUUUGCAUGCUUAAUGGGGAAAGGCCUGAACAAAAUAAAAUAAUGAAAUAUGAAAUUAAUAUUCUGCCAUGUUCAACAUAUUGAAUGCCUCACAGUUUACAGAAUUCCGAAGUUUAGUGUGUAUAAAACCAGAGAUUAUUUGUAUGCACAAUGGUUAUAUAUUCAUUAAUGAUAUUUAAUAUCUUGUUUAUACUAGUUAGAACUUGUCAGCCUUCCCAGAUAAUAUAAUUAAUUUAGUAAUUAAUUCUGGUGAUAGAAAAUGUUCAUUACCAUACUCAGAUUUUGUCAUUGAAUUAUUUCUUUUCCCUAAAAUACCAUUAAAUCAUGACUGUUUUUUUUUUUGUGAUGUAAAAAAGAUCAACUAACUCAAUAUAUUAUUUCAGGACCUGCUGAGGAAAAUGUGUUUUUUUUUUUGUUAUUUAAUUUUAAUCAGUAAUGUAUUUAAAGUCAUGCUCUAUAAUUCAUCCUUUUUAUUUUUUUCUUUCAAAUAUGUAACAUGGGCAGCAAACUAGCCUUCUGUAAAUUUCUAUAUUGUCUAAAUUUGAAAGUGACAAAUAUUGCUCAUUAAUAUUAAACCUUUUAUAUGAGAAAACACUCUUAAAUAAACCCAAAAUUUUGUUCUCUUGUUUAAAUAGCUAUAGCUUUCUACGGAAAACAUAACUGAGACUCUAGUGCUAAUACUUUUACUUUUAGUCAUUUGAUAAUGUGGCAUUAAACAUAUGGCAUAUUCAAACUUAGCAAGAUAUCAUUUAUAGAGUGUAUAUUGAGCAAAAACAUUUAAAAUAUUUAAAGUUCUGAAAAUCCUAUAAGAGAAUUUGUCUAAUCAAUCAACAAGUAUUUACUUUGUGUCCAGCAAUGUUCAAUUUCUGGAUUUCUGGCAUAUGAACAUUUUAGGAAUUCUCUCAUUUAAACUCACAAUUGGUCGCCUCCUGCCUCUUUCUUUAUGGGCUCUCUUUGUGACCAGACCUCAGCGAGCAUAUAGCUAGAUAUGUUGACCUCAUCUUGCACUGGUUACAGCCCACUUAGGAAUCAAUAAAUGAUGUUCUCUCUGUAAAAAUGAAUAAGGCUAAUAUUUGGUGGAUAAUAUAUUUUCAUGUUUUUUUCAUAGCUGGAGAGGCAACAGGGUACAGUGAUAAAAAGAUGGGGAGUCAGAGAGCCUGGUUUCAAACCCCAGUUCUGCUGUUUACCACUCUGGGGACCCUGGCUAAAUUGCUUGACAAAUACAAACCUUAGAUCUCUCAUCUUUAAGAUGAGAACAUUAAACAAGGUGACCUCUGGAUCUCUUCUGACUCUCUAUACCUAUGAUCCUAAGUUUCCUUCAGAUUGGGAAUAGAUGGUUCCUGCCUGUAUCUGUCAGGUACCAGUUGGAUUAGAUGACUUCUAAGAUCCCCUACACCUUGAAAUUCUACGUAUAGGAGUAGAUUAGGUUUUUAGACAAUCCAUUUUCAUGGUUGGUCGCUAUCACUUAAAAUUCCAAAGUUUCCACCUUCAAACUCUGAUGCUGGUGCCAUGUAACAAAAGCUCUAUCACGUAUACUUCACAGGGAAUAAGUAGACCGAAUUUCCUCUUCUGUAUUUACCACUGAUAAGUGUAUGAAAAGGUGUCAGGGAAAAGAAAGAACAUCCAUGUCUUUGGGAAGGAAUAUUUGUAAUAAAGUGACUUGAAUGUAGAAUCUUAAUGGAACAUAUCAUUACAAAAAAGAUAUUUUGCCUUCAUUUUCUAUUGUGACUAGGAUAUUCCAAUGUAUAGAUUUAAACAAUGUUCUCACUCUUCAAUAAGAUAAUUUAAAUCACAUUUUCAAUCCCCCCUCUGAUUUUAGCCACUAUAUUGUUAUUAAAUUUAUAUAAAUUAUGACACUUGAGGAUAUUUCCCCUGAC